AUGCAGGUUAUUCUCCUGUACGAGAGGGAGCCCCGAUACACUGGACGACGCAUAGCUGCAUGCAAACUGGACUUGCUGCAGUCGUGCAGACGGGAAUCCGGUGUUGCUUGCUGCAGUCCUCUCUCUGUGUGCAAUGUUGUAAUUCUAAGGUUAAGUACGGCAGACUAUAAGAGGCACUCCGCCAAAACACUUUUUUCAUAUGUCAAAGUAGAAAUCGUAUUUUACGGUUACCCCACUACCUAG